UAUACUUUCAUUUAAAAACAACAUACAUCAUACAUGCAACACAUAUGUACAUUAUUUAAUUUAUUUCAUGCGGUGAAUUACUGCAUAAGAAACUUGAUGUAAGAAGAAAAUGAAUUGGUUAUAUAGUAUAUUUAUUUAUUCUUAAUGUAUUCGAGAAGGAAGAUUUUUAAUAAGAAUGUUUUUUAAACCUUUAUCACGAUAUUUUUGGAAGAUGAAAUGUAUAAAAUUACAUUGUACGAAUCGUUCCUAUCACGUAGUAAAUCAAAGUGAUCAAGUAUAUAAUGUUUCCUUAAUAGGAAUAAAAAAAAUAUUAAGGCAAAAUAAUAUUGCAUUUAUGGAAGGUCAUACUUGCAUUUGUGUGGAUUGUCCUAUAUGUGAAAUGAAUAAAUGUACAAAAGGUCCGAAGAUAUAUAUAAAUAAGACAACAGGAUUCUUUAUAUGCGAUAAAUGCAGGUGCAUUGGAACUUGGAACACAUUAGAAAAAGUUUUAUCGUUGAAGAUAACUGGUAAAACGAAUAAGGAAUUGGAGAAAUUGAAAAACAGUUUACUGGUAGAUCAAAAUUAUACGUCUGAAUGGACAAUUCUAGAGAAAGAUUGUUUAAAGAUUUCUCAAUUAUCCACCAGUGAAUACGAACAGAUCUUUAAUAAACUUUCCUUAAAGAUUAUAUCUCGGGAAGAUAUAUCUGCAUUAGAGUGUUUAUACCACAAAAGUAAAAAUGUACUUUAUUUUCCACUAUAUGCAUUUGGUCAAUACCUUGUCGGUUUUAAACAACUGUGCUUGAAUACUAAAAAUGAAGUAACUGUUCCUACUUCAGACGUCAGUGGUCUUAUCAUUUACAAGCAAAAAAAUACAAGAAACGAUAAUACUGCCGUUGUUGUACCAACCAUUACAGAUUUGUUAGCAUUAAUAUCUCAAAAAGUAACAAAUCUCGUGGUAUGUUUGCCAUACAAUUUACAAUACUUACCCCAACAGGUAUUGCCAAGUCUAGAAAAUUUUAAAAAACUAACUUUAUGGUUUGGAAAUGAAGAUUCAAGUUGGGAUACAGCACGACAUUUUGCCAAAAAACUGAAUGAAGAAAGAUGUUACUUUGUUAGAUCAACGGAUCUACAACCUAGACCAUCAAUUGCUGUUGAUUUAGGAUAUGACAUUAAAAAUAUUAUACAAAAUGCUCAGCCUAUAUGGCACCAAAGUAUUACUACCUUCCAUUCUUUGAGGCAUGAUGUUUUAAGCGAUUUACAAAAUAUUGAUAAAGUUCAAGGUAUCAAAUGGAAACGAUAUCCAGCUCUAAAUCGUAUUUUGAAGGGCCAUAGAAGAGGAGAAUUUACCAUAUUAACCGGUCCAACAGGAUCAGGUAAAACUACAUUUAUCAGUGAAUAUUCAUUAGAUUUGGCAAUGCAAGGUGUUAACACAUUAUGGGGUAGUUUUGAAAUUCGAAACGCACGAUUAGCAAAAACAAUGCUACAACAAAUGGCAGGUGUCUCUCUUGAUGAUAAUCUAGCUGAUUUUGAUAAAUAUGCUGAUGCUUUUGAAAAGUUACCUAUAUAUUUUAUGACAUUUCACGGGCAGCAAAGUAUUAAAAUUGUCAUGGAUGCAGUGGAACAUGCAACCUAUGUACAUGACAUAUCUCAUGUGAUCAUUGAUAAUGUACAGUUUAUGAUGGGAAUUUCUGAUGAAGCUAAACACAUAGAUAGAUUUUGGAGACAAGACAAAAUAAUUUCUGCAUUUAGAAAUUUUGCUACAAAAUACAAUUGUCACGUUACCCUCGUAAUUCAUCCAAGGAAAGAACGCGACGACGAAGAACUAACAACUUCAUCUAUUUUUGGAAGUGCUAAAGCAAGUCAAGAAGCUGAUAAUGUUCUCAUUAUACAAGACAAGAGACUUACUAGUAUAAGAGGGAAAAAAUAUUUACAAGUAGCCAAAAAUAGAUACACCGGUGAUUUGGGUAUCAUGCCUUUGGAUUUUGAUAAAACUAGUUUAAGCUAUGCAAGUAAGAAAAAAGCCAAAUCUGAAACUAAAAGUUCUACGAAAUGUAAUUCCAAUGAAGAAUUACAAUCGUAGAAUAUACAAUUGAAAUUGGAAUCAGGACAAAAAUGAAUGGAUUUGUACAGUGAAUAUAUUUUAUAUAUUUGUAGAAUUUUUCUGUAAAAAAAGUACAAAAAAUAUGUGUCAACAUUUU